AUGACUGAUCUAGGAAAUAUAGUUUAUUUUCUAGGGAUGGAUAUUAUGUACUCUGAGAAAGGCAUAAUUUUACAUCAACUAAAAUAUGAACUUGAGCUGAAUUGUAAAGUUGAUGUCAUACCUGCUAAUGCAAUUCAGAAAUUAAAUUCUGAUUUGGAUGUUGGAAUGGUGAGUAUGUUUAUGAGUAAACCGAAGUGGUCUCGUUACCAAGCCGCUGUCAGAAUUCUGAGAUAUAUAAAGGGAACUCUGAAGUAUGGAGUUUGGUUCCCUUCUGGUGCUGAAACUGACUCAGAACUUCUGAGUUACUCAGAUUCUGAUUGGUAUGGAGACAGAGUUAACAGAAGAAGUACUUAUGGGUAUUUGUUUAAGUUUUUGGGAAGUCCUAUUUCUUGGUGUUCCAAGAAGCAACCAGUUGUUUCUUUGUCGAACAAUGAAGCAGAAUAUAUUACAGGUGUUGUGGCUACAUGUGAAGCUGUGUGGCUUCUGAAUUUACUGCAGGAUUUGAAGAUCAAAGUUCAGACUGGAGUGCUAGAAGUUGUGCAUUGUAGCAUCCAGAAGUAG